AUGGCAAUAACGGGUAACCGUUCGUACAUGUCGAACGAUGAGCAUCGCUACAUCAGCAGUGAUGAAGUCGAUAGAGAUGCAGCUUUAAUUAGCGCACCACGCCGACGCCGAACAUGCACAGGAAACAAAAUUGCCAUAUGUGUCCUGUCGUUAGCGGCAAUAGGAGCAAUCACGGCUGGGAUAGUUUUGCUCAUUCUGAGGUCAACUAAGGGUCCGGAAUCGCUGAAAUCAUCUAGUGAAAUUGCCUUGGCAGUGCCUACACUGGAUAUGGAUUGUGUGAGGACACCUGAACUCAUCGACGAGCUGCAUACCUUCUUUGAGCUCGGCGGAUUGGGGACCAACGAUGAUGAAGAAAUCUGUAAAUUCGUGCAUUUCAAGAACCUUGAAAAGCAUUUCAACAAAAGUUACGAUGAUUUACGGGCCAGACAUGCAGCGUUUCUCAACUAUCGCCGCAAUAUGGCUAUAGUAGAGGAGCACAAGAAAAACACGGAUGCAACUUACUCGAAGGGGCCGAACCACUUCUUCGAUAUGGAUGUUAAGGAAUUGGCUUCGAAGCUGCUACACCCGAUUCACGUGGGAGACGAUUUCGAAGAGCAUUGGAACGUUGGAGAGGUUUUUGUAACAAAGGAUGAUCAAGCGAAGUAUUCACUCCUGAAGGGGCAUAUCGACAACCCAACCGCUAUUGAUGUUGGAUCUAAAGUAACUUUUGAAAAUAUCAAUUGGAGGACGUUCGGUGCUGUGUCGCCGGUCAAGGAUCAAGGACACUGCGGUUCGUGUUGGGCAUUUGCCGCCAUAGGUGCUGUGGAAAGCUGGUUCAGGAUUGAAGCGCACAAAUAUUUAACCUUUAGUGAACAAGAAAUCGUCAGUUGUGACACCCUGAAUAGUGGUUGUGGUGGAGGAUUUAGUGACCUAGCACUGGAUUAUAUUAAAAAACACGGUGUUGCGAGCGCUGCUGAAUGGAAAUACGAAGCUAUUGAUGGCAAAUGCACGGAGCACCAUGGAAUCAGGUAUUUCAUCUUGGACUACAUGGGCGCUAGGGGUGCCAACGUAGCUUCCGCACUUUUGGUGCGCGCUCCGACAGUAGUUUACGUAGCAGCAACAGAAGAUUGGUUCAACUACAGUGGCGGUAUAUUUAACGCAGACUGCCCAGCUGGACAACUCAACCAUGCAGUACUUUUGGUUGGAGAAGGCUACGACGAGACGUUAAAGAAACGCUACUGGCUUAUCAAGAAUUCCUGGGGGACUACCUGGGGAGAGGACGGAUUCAUAAGACUCGAACGGACAGACAACGGCACUGACAAGUGUGGUGUAUUAUCGUACGGCUUCAUACCAACCGGAAAGGUUUCGCCCACUAACUAA